GAAAGGCCUACAAAGUUGCGCAGACCGUUCUCCUCCGACAACUCGUAAAAAUGUUCGCAGCCAGAAACGUUCAAAGUAUCGCGCGGGGUGCAUCAAGGGGCUCUCAGUCUCUGCGUGGCUACGCUUCGGCUGCACCAACCGCCGCUUUUGCUGGUCAGAAGGGCCCCAACGGCAAAUACACUGUUACCCUUAUUCCCGGAGACGGUAUUGGCCCGGAGAUCAGCCAGUCGGUCAAGGACAUCUACUCUGCUGCAGGGGCCCCCAUUCAGUGGGAGGAAGUCGACGUCACUCCAAUCCUCAAGAACGGCAAGACUGCCAUCCCAGAUGCUGCCAUUGCUUCCGUCAGGAAGAAUACAGUUGCUCUCAAGGGCCCGCUCGCUACUCCCAUUGGAAAGGGACAUGUCUCUCUCAACUUGACCCUCCGUCGUACCUUCAACCUUUUUGCCAAUGUUCGUCCUUGCGCCUCCAUUCAAGGCUACAAGACUCCUUACGACAAUGUCGACACCGUCCUCAUCCGUGAGAACACUGAAGGAGAGUACUCUGGUAUUGAACACGAGAUCGUCGAUGGUGUCGUCCAGUCCAUCAAGCUCAUUACUUGGGACGCCUCGGAACGUGUUGCGAAGUACGCGUUCCACUACGCCCAGGCGAACGGCCGCAAGCGCGUCACCGCUGUUCACAAGGCAAAUAUCAUGAAGAUGUCCGACGGCAUGUUCCUGUCUGCGUGCCGUCAGGUCGCGAAAGACUUCCCCGGCAUCCAGUACGACGAGGACCUCCUCGACCGUGCCUGCCUGCAGAUUACCCAGAACCCCGCGCCGUACGCUGACCGGGUGAUGGUCAUGCCUAACCUGUACGGUGAUAUCCUGUCCGACAUGUGCGCGGGCUUGAUUGGAGGUCUCGGUCUCACGCCGUCGGGUAACAUCGGUCGUGACGCUUCUAUUUUUGAGGCUGUUCACGGCUCUGCGCCCGACAUCGCCGGCAAGGGCCUAGCUAACCCCACGGCUCUCCUACUUUCCUCUCUCAUGAUGCUUCGCCAUAUGAACCUCAACGAAUAUGCCGACCGCAUUGAAAAGGCUACCCUCGGUACAAUUGCAGAGGGCAAGACCAUCACUGGCGACCUUGGCGGCAAGGCUUCUACCAAGGAGUACACCGACGCGAUCGUCAAGAGGCUCUCGAAGGUGUAAUAGACUAUAGAGCUCUAGCCGCGUAGACACUCAAUACAUUACUGGCCGCUGGCUAUGGUAUUCCCCUGAGACUCUCGUCGCAUGUUGGCGGGCUAUGUUUGGCUAUCGCGCCGGCGGUUUUGCCGGUU